ACUCCUGCACAUUGGGCGACAACUCGGUGCAUUUAUUUUGCACACAUAUUUUCAAGCAAUUCAAUUGAGAAUGUUCUCGCUGCUGCAUAAAGAGGAGAACGCACACGACAAUGCACUCUGGGCAUGCGCGUGGGGACGCGACCAGCAACCGGCUGCCGGCAAAGAAGACACCGCUGAAGAAGAAGAGUCCGAAAAGGAGCCAGAAAAUCCAUUUGAUUUUGACAAAAAGGAGAAGAAACCGAAUGAUUUUAUUGUCACCGGCGGACUAGAUGAUCUGGUCAAAGUGUGGGAUCUGUGCGAAGAUAACACACUGAAAUUGCGCCACAAACUGAAAGGACAUGCGCUGGGCGUGGUUUCCGUGGCAGUCAGCUCCGAUGGACAAACGAUUGCCAGCAGCUCGCUAGACUCGAGCAUGUGCCUUUGGAAUGCACGCAGCGGCGACAAGAAGCACAAAUUAACCUUUGGCCCGGUGGAUUUGUGGACAGUGGGUUUCUCGCCGUGCAAUAAAUAUGUGAUUUCUGGCUUGAAUGAUGGCAAGAUCUCGAUGUACAGCGUGGAAACGGGCAAAGCGGAACAGGUGCUUGACGCACAGAAUGGCAAAUAUACGCUGAGCAUUGCCUAUAGUCCGGAUGGAAAGUAUAUAGCGAAUGGUGCCAUCGAUGGCAUCAUUACCAUCUUUGAUGUGGCCGCUGGCAAGGUGGCACAGACGCUGGAGGGGCACGCGAUGCCCGUGCGCAGCCUUUGCUUCUCGCCCAACUCACAAAUGCUGCUCACCGGCUCCGAUGAUGGCCACAUGAAGCUCUACGAUGUCGCACACUCGGAUGUGGUUGGCACACUCUCCGGGCAUGCGUCGUGGGUGCUGUGCGUCUCCUUCUCGGAGGAUGGCAAGCAUUUUGCCAGCUCGUCGAGCGAUCGCAGCGUCAAAGUCUGGGAUACGGCGGAGAGGAAGUGUCUGCACACGUUUAGCGAGCACACAGAUCAGGUUUGGGGCGUACGCUAUAGUCCCGGCAACGAUAAGGUUAUAUCCGCCUCGGAGGAUAAGUCGCUCAACAUUUACUAUUGUCCACCCAAUGCGAUUGUUUGAUCCGCGAUUUGUUUGCAUAAAAUAAAACAUAGGCUUAAAUUAAAAUAACAAUCACAUUUUAA